AUGAUGAUGACAUUAAAAGAAAAUACAACUAAUUCAAUAUCUCAACCUAUUCAUUAUAAUAUAAAUGAACAUAAUCAUUUACAUUCAACAAUAGGUUAUAAUUAUCAUCAAUCUCAUAAUUCUUGGGAAAAGCCGAUAUAUAAUAAUUCAACAUUUAAUUAUCAACAAACACCAUAUACAUAUCGAACAAUAUCUUCUACCGGUGAUAUAUCAUCUAUAGAAACAAUAAAUAAAUUAAAUAAUUCAUAUCCAUCUUAUGAUUUAACAACAAAUUUUAAUAAUUCAACACAAAAUUUUUAUAGACGUCAUACUGAAUCAACUUUACCAAUAUCAAAUUCAAUAUAUUCAACGAAUCAUUCAUCAUCGAAUAUAUAUAAUAAUAAUAAUAAUAAUUAUUCACAUCCAACAAUACAUUAUCAUCCAUCAGAACUUUUUUUUAAUUGGAAUAAUGGAUCAUCAUUAAUGCGUACACAUAGUAAUACUUCAUAUCAAGAUUAUUCACAAUCAACUCCAUUUCCAUGUUAUAAUCCAAUUGAUUUAUCUACUUCUCAAUCAACAAUAAAUAAUAAAUCAAUAGAUAAUUUAUCAUUAAAUCGAACACAAACAGAAUCAAUAAAUACACAUUCAACAAAUAAUUAUUCAUCAUUUUUUAAUAUAAUUCAACCAAUAAAUACAUCUUUAAUAUCAACACAAUCAUCGAAUUCUAUAUUACAUCAAAAACAAUCUAAACCGUCCAUUAAAAAACGUCCACGUUUAACGGCUCAACUUCGUAAUGAAAUUCUUAAACUUAAAGAUAAUCAACCAACAGUAUUUGUUUGGGAAAUUCAACAAAUUUUAUUACAAAAUGGUAUUUGUACUGCACAAACAUUACCAAGUGCUAAAGUUAUUCAACGAGUACUUAAUGAAUCGAAAAAAUCUAUUCGUAUUAUAAAAGAAGAACCAAAAGCAAAUGUUAAUUUAGUUAUGGAAACAAUAUUUAAUAAUAUUGAAAAUAAAAAAACAUCACCAAUAACAAUAUGUUUAUCACCAUCACAAUCAUCAACAUUAUCAGAUAAUGAAUCAAUAUCAGAAUGUUCAAUAUGUCUUGAAACAUAUCGUAGUGGUCAAGAAGUUAGCAUAUUAUCAUGUUCACAUGAAUAUCAUUCAUCAUGUAUUAAAGGAUGGAUGAUGAAAAAUCGUUCAUGUCCAAUGUGUAGAAAAGAUAUACAUAAUCAACCACAAUUUGUUACUUUACUUAUAUGA